CGCUGCUUCGACACCUUGGUAUCAUGACUUCUCAAUGUACGACUGGGAUUUUAGGGCCUGAAAAUCUAUUUUAUGAGAUCUAACAAACGGUUUUCCUUAAACAAACACGUGUCUUCUAUAUUGAAUGAUGGGAGCUGAUAAAAGACUCAGUCGAGGGGAACGCAGUGGAAGAUAUGGGUUGGAUGGAAGAAGAGAUGAUCGUGACGGGCAUAAAAGACGAAGUAGAGAUGAAGAUAGAGAAUAUGAUCGGCGAUGGGCGGAUGAUGAGCGUCGGUGUCGUGGUGAUGGGAGACGCAGAGAACGCUUUCAUAAUCACAGAGACAGAGGCAGUCCAGAUAGGGGUCGAAAACGGCGCAACACUGGCAGAUCUGAUGAUGAAUACAAUGGGGAUUAUCCAGACCAGGACUACAAAAUGGAGAAAGAAGAUGAGGAGGAGGAUGAGGAGGAGAGCAAGACCAUUAUGCUCAGGGGUCUCGCUCCUCAUGUGACAGAGGAGGAUAUCCGCUCAGCGCUUGAGGAGCUGGAAGGGCCCCAGCCUGUGGAUGUCCGCUUGAUGAAGAAAAGAACAGGUAUAAGCCGAGGUUUCGCCUUCGUGGAGUUUUAUCACUUGCAAGAUUCUACCCGAUGGAUGGAGACCAAUCAGAACAAGUUGGUAAUCCACGGGAAAUCCAUUGUCGUGGUCUACAGCAACAAGAAGCAGAAGAUUGCAAAUUGGCUUUGCAGUGCAUGCUGCCUGUACAAUUUUCGAAAGAGACUGAAGUGUUUGAGAUGUGGUGCUACCAGAGUUGAAGGGGAUUCUCCUGCAGGAAACUCAUCAAGUGGGGAGCCUCAUCAACCGGGAGAAUAUCGUGUAGACACAUUAAUUUUGAGGAACAUUGCCCCAACUUCAAGUAUUGAAGGAAUUUUGAAUAUAUUAGCACCAUAUGCCAACUUGUCUGCAGCCAACAUUCGCCUCAUCAAAGACAAGCAAACAGGGCAGAAUAGAGGUUUUGCCUUUGUUCAGCUCUCAUCUAACUUGGAGGCUUCGCAGCUGCUCACGUUUCUCCAGUGCCUUCAGCCCCCUCUGAAACUGGAUGGAAAGACAAUAGGUGUUGAUUAUGCCAAGAGUUCCAGGAAAGACUUGGCACCCCCCGAUGGAGUCAGAGCCAAUGCGCUCUCUGUUGCCAGCACAGCCAUAGCUGCUGCUCAGUGGUCAUCCAGCCAGUUACAGCAAAGACAAAUUGCUGCCACGGACAUUACUCUACAGGAGCCAUCACAGUUAUGGCAGCAGCAGCCAGAAGGAUUGGCACAUGCUGUUGGAGAUGGAUUACUUGGAGCUGCUCCAGGUAUGAAGACAUUGAUCCCUACAGCCGCGGGUGUUGUUAUAACCCAGGCCCCUCAAAUUUACCAGCCUGUCAUUAUCAGCCAACCCGCCAUACAGUUAGUGAAACCAGUUGAUGCAGAACAACAGGCCGCUAAUGUUUGUACCACUUCCCUCGUGAUGCCAGCAGCUUCCACUGCUGUGACGACUGUCUGUGCUGCACCCACUUCCACUCCAUCAGCUGUCCCUGACACCUCCAGAUACCAAUAUGAUAAGUCUUCAGGUUACUAUUAUGAUCCACAGACUGGCCUGUACUAUGAUGCUAACAGCCAGUACUUCUAUAAUGCCACCACGCAACAGUACUUGUACUGGGACAGUGAGAAGCAGGCAUAUAUACCCGCACCAGCAGCAUCAGAAACGAGCACAGGUCAUGCCUCUGCAGCUACUCCCCCAGCCACAACAACUACAAAAGAGAAAAAAGAAAAACCGAAGAGCAAGUCUGCACAGCAGAUUGCAAAGGACAUGGAGCGUUGGGCAAAAAGCUUAAAUAAACAAAAGGAAAGUUUAAAGAACAGCUUCCAGGGUUUGGGACCAUCCAAGGAGGAGGACAAGAAGGAGUCUGCAGCUGCCGAUGCAGGUUUCUUCCUUUUUGAGAAAAAGCAACUCGGAGGCUUCGACAUGCAUGCCCUUAUGGUUGAACAUUUUAGAAUCCUAGAACAAGAAGCUGCUGCAAAGAGUGGACUGGUACCAGUUUACAACGAGGACAGUGACCCAGAGGAGGGAAGCUCAGACAGAAUGGCAGAUGAGGAAGGAAUCACUGACUGGAAGAAGAUGGUUUGCCUCCUGUGUCGAAGGCAGUUUGCCAACAAAGAGGGUUUACUGCGUCACCAGCAGCUCUCUGACCUGCACAAGCAAAACUUGGAAAUACAGAGGAGAUCCAAGCUGUCAGAAUUUGAGCUGGAGGAGCUGGAGAGGGCUGAGACAGAACGAGUGGAAAGAGAGCUGAUGUACAGAGACAGAGCUGCAGAGAGAAGGGAGAAGUACGGUAUCCCUGAACAUCCUGUGCCUAAGAAGAAAUUCUACCAACCCCCAGCCCUAGCCGUAAACUACGAACAGCCCACUAAAGAUGGUCUAACAAGUGAUAACAUUGGGAACAAAAUGCUGCAAGGGAUGGGCUGGCAGGAGGGCAAAGGUCUAGGGUGCCACCAGCAGGGCAUCACAACACCAAUCUCUGCUUCACUGAGGGCCAAAGGCACAGGUUUAGGGAUUAAGGGAAGCUCCUAUGAGCUGUCAGCAUCUGACACCUACAAAGACGCUGUCCGGAAAGCAAUGUUUGCACGUUUCACAGAGAUCGAGUGAAAAGCAUUGAGGAAACUAUUAAACUGUGAAAUCUUCAUUUUAUGGCAUGUUGAUUGUGCAGUCGGAAGAACAGCUGACAGCAUUGGGAUUUUUGCUUUUGUUUGUACAUGUGUAAAUAGCUUCUGUUCAAUUUGUUUGUAAAUGUAUAUAAUUGCUUUUUGUUUAAUAUUGCAAAAUAUCCUUAAGUAGAUAUUACUAGUCGAAUGAACUUGUACAGUACAUUUUGUAUACUUUGUACAGUGUAUAAAAUGAAGUGGAUC